AACAUGCCAGCAAGCAACAAUGCGCUCCAACUUUAUCUUUUCAUGAAACUUGUCUCAUACUCUUCUUCCCUCCCAAAAUAUCUCAUCUUCCCGCCAAAGUUUCAAACUCAAAAUCCCACAAAUUCACAUCUCAUUAAUCAUCAUCCAUCCAUUAUUUAUACAAGAUUCAAGAUAAGACAUGCUCCAUCACAUCCCACUUCCCCAAAUUCAAAACAUCAUGUCUCUGACACCCACUGAUCAAGAUCAGAUCACGAACAUAAACCCUUCAGGUGAACUUCAUGUCAUUGUGGGCCCAAUGUUUGCCGGUAAAACCACCGCCCUUCUUCGCAGGAUCAAAUCUGAAGCCACCAAUGGCAGGAACAUAGCAAUGAUAAAGUCAAACAAGGAUACCCGAUAUGCGAUAGAUUCGGUUGUGACCCAUGAUGGAACAAAGUAUCCAUGUUGGGCACUGCCUGAUUUGUUGUCUUUUAAACAGAAGCUUGGUGAAGAAGCUUAUGGAAAGGUGGAUGUAAUUGGAAUCGAUGAAGCACAGUUCUUCGAUGAUCUUUACGAGUUUUGUUGUAAAGCUGCAGAUCAUGAUGGGAAAACUGUCGUCGUUGCUGGUCUUGACGGCGAUUAUUUAAGACGAAACUUUGGUCCGGUGCUUGAUAUAGUACCUCUUGCUGAUACGGUAACUAAAUUAACCGCCAGAUGUGAAUUGUGCGGCAAAAAGGCCCAUUUCACCUUCAGGAAGACUAACGAGACGAAAACUGAACUUAUUGGUGGGGCGGAUAUGUAUAUGCCUGUUUGUCGUCAACAUUAUGUUAACGGGCAUAUCGUGAAGAAACCCGUUGUUUAAUGACAUCAACGGUUUGUUAACAACUCGUUAUUUGCGCUUGGUUUUACUUGUUAUUUGUAGUCUUAUUAAUCGUGUUUGAUUAUCAAAGGUUUGAUGUAUUGUAACUUUGUGACUUUUGUACUACGUAAAUAAAAGAAGUUAAGAAGCAUGUUUGUAAUCAA